AAGUUUUAUUAAUUGAGCCUGGGUCACCGCUGCAUUGGAUCCACAUGUGUUUUAGAUGUAUGUGGCAAGAGCGAGAGGACCGUCAUGACGGGGGAGCCGGAGGAGGGCUGAAUUCUGCAGCUUGUGCUUUUGAUAGAAUGAGGGAGUGGAGGGUGAUUUGGGGAGUGAGAAAGGGAGGGAGUGCAUGACAUUCUUAGUGCAUCUGGGCAAAAUGAGCAGUGAGCAUGUAGAACAGAAAGAGGAAGGAGAUCAUUGAAAGAGAGCACAGGAAAGGACAACAGAAAUUAUUUUUGUAGUAAAAUGGGAAGGAAAGGAAAGGGAAGCAAGUAAGAGGCAGAGGAAAAUGAAGAGAGAGCAAACCAGGAAUGUAGUCUUGGCUUGCUGCGAAGUGUUAGAAAGGAUGGAGGGAGGAAUGGAAGGAAGGUGAAUGAGAUUAAACAACGGAGAACGAGAAACCAAACCAUAACGGCAAGAGUGACGACCGACUGUGGAAAAGAAGAAGCAAAUCUAGGAAGAGAGACAUCAAUUAAUCAUAUCCUGGACCUGCAAAUGCAAGAAUCGCUCAUUGACGUCCCCAGAAGGGGGCCCAGAAGUGUGUGAAUGUGGGAGAAUCAGGUGGUGUGGUGGGACAGCUAAGAUCCCUUCUGGAUGAGUGGCACGCUCACACACAAACACGAGCUCCCUCACGGAGGAUCCAAUACAGCUGAGAGAUCCAAGCGCUUCUGAGAAUAUGAAGAUGGAUCCUGUUCAGAAGGCAGUGAUCAACCACACCUUUGGAGUCCCACUGGUGAAGACCAAACGGCCAAUCAUUUCCUGUAAUGUGUGCCAGAUCCGAUUCAACUCUGAGAGUCAGGCAGAAGCCCACUACAAGGGGAACCGUCAUGCUAGGAGAGUCAAAGGCAUUGAGACCUCCAAGAGCCGCCCACAAGAGAGUGACAAACCUCCUCCCAGACCUGUCUCGUCACCCUCACCUACAGGACCCUUACCGGCCAUCUCUGAUACUGAGCCCAGCAAAACAGAUGAGACACGGUCAGCGCCACAGUUAAAUGGACCUGCGGUGACCCCAGGGCCCGUGGCCAUUUCUGCUCCCCCUACCCCAGAAUCCCCCGGUCCUUCUGCCUGUCCUCUUCUGCCCACCCCCACUACCCCUCAAGCACCUCCGGCCACCUCCUCAUCUCCUGGCUGUGGCUCUUCUAACCCAGAGCAGACUGGCACGGGGGCCCCUGGGGCACCAUCAGUCACUCCCAGCAACCCUGAUACUGAAGAGGACAAAGCCAAGAAGCUGCUUUACUGCUCACUGUGCAAAGUGGCCGUCAAUUCACUCUCCCAGUUGGAGGCCCACAAUAAAGGCACUAAACACAAAACCAUUCUGGAAGCCCGCAGCGGACUAGGCCCUAUUAAGGCAUACCCUCGUUUGGGUCUGAUGCCCAGCGGGGAGCAGGGAGGCGGGGCCACAGACCCCAAUACUCAGGAACGCACCUUCCACUGUGAGAUCUGCAAUGUGCGGGUCAACUCAGAACUGCAGCUUAAACAGCACAUAUCAAGUCGAAGGCAUCGGGACGGUGUGGCAGGAAAGCCAAACCCCCUCCUGAGCCGACACAAGAAGCUCAGGGGAGCUGACCUUGCGGAUCUCACCAAAGCGUUAGGCGCCGGCCUCUUGCCGAGUCCUCUGGCCGUUGCUGCAGCAAUGGCAGCAGCCGUCUCCUCCAAUCCGCUGGCUCUCCGGGCAGCAGCCCCCACCCACCAUCCACAUCAUCACCUCCUGCAAGGUCCGCCCCUCAGCCACGCCAUCUUGAGACCAGCUCCGGGGCCCAUACGCACCUCACAUGGGUCUAUUCUGUUCUCACCGUACUGACUC